AUGAGCACGCAGCUACUGCCAUUUCAGAAAGAAGGUGUGGGAUGGAUGAUGCAGCGCGAAAUGAGCCACAUCGGUGGUAUUAUGGCGGAUCAUCUCGGUAUGGGAAAAACGGUGCAGAUGAUUGGCUUGUGUCUCGUGUCUGACAAAGUGAACAAGGGGUUCUACUCGAAGCAAAUGCAACAACGGAGAAUGCUAGCCGAAGGGAGUCGCUUGAUUACGGUGCUUCGGCAGCUGCAGAGAAUCAGUGUCGUUGCUAACUGCUCGCGAAUCAACCGGCCGGCAGAUGAUCUUUCGUCACUCAUCACCACCACCUCAGAUCUGCUGAAAACGAAACAGGGGGACUACAAGGGAGUUCGUGCAGAGAUUGACAAGUGGCUGACAUUUGCGGGCAAGUUUCAUCCUUCCUAUCAGAAACGCGCGUUAGAUUUCCUCGAUGAUGUCGAAAGGAAGGAGUUUCAUCUCAUCAACUCAAAGGAAUUGCGCACCCUUGUUGUUGUUCCGGCUGCCCUCAUGCUCCAGUGGAAGUCUGAGAUCGAAUCUAAAGUAAAGGCUUCUCGCAAAAUCGCCGUAUACCUCUAUCACGGUGAUAGUAAGCUGAUCAGCAGCACGGAGCUUGAAACGUUUGACUUUGUCAUCACCACCUACGAUACACUCACGAACUCUGCGGCUCCGGCUUUUAUUCCCGGUGACGAUCCGCGCACGUUCGCCUUCAGUCGAAGAGAGGCUGGCCCGCUUUUUCACAUUCAGUGGAAACGAAUCAUUCUCGACGAGGCCCACAUGAUUCGCCACGCACGGACGCAACGCUGGCGCGCCGUUCAGGAGCUGCAAGGGCUUCACCGCUGGGCUGUGACGGCGACACCGCUGCACAACUCCAUCGAUGACCUGCAGAACCUUCUCCACUUUAUCGGUCUUCCGCGUUUGCCUGUGUUGCCAGGAGGCAAUGCCGAGGAGCUUCUCGCCGAUCCGUUGCUGCAGCGGAGUAUUGCAAAGUCUCUACAGCCAGCAUUUCUGCGACGUGGCCCAGUGAUGAUGCGAAAUGGCGUGAAGGAGGUCCUCGUAAAGCUGCCACCGAAGACGGAGGUUGUCAUUAAGCAGCCAUUCAGCGUGAGGGAGUCACACAUGUACAACAGCAUCUUGGCACGCUCAAGAAGCGCCUUGGCGACAUCAGAAAAUAAAGAGGGUGUCUUUCAUAUCUUUGCCAUGAUGACGCGACUUCGGCAGGUUUGCUGCCACAGCUGGAUCAGCCAGGGCCGUGCUGUUCAGAUCUCUGUUUGCGGCAUUUGUAAGAGUGAAGCAAGCGCGCCAGUGACCACCAAGUGUGGCCACGCGUUCUGCCACGAGUGCUUGCUGCUCCGGUUCCGUGACGCUGUCGAUGGCGACGACGUAGCCACGCGAAUCGAGUGCCCGACGUGCGCGCAAACUAUUACCUUCAGUUCUGUGUUCAAAAGGACCACACCUAGCUCAAGCCAGCGAAUUGCUCAAUACAAGAAUCAUGAGUUCGAGCUGAGCACGAAGCUCCGGAUGGUGCUGCGCUCUAUUCACGAUAUGCAGAAGAAUCACCCCGCUGAUAAAAUGAUCAUAUUUUCCCAGUUCACCUCCUUCAUGGACGUCAUCAGCGUCGCGUUGGAUCGUUACAACAUUGCCUUUCUGCGCAUCGACGGGACAAUGUCGCUGUCCAACCGAAACGCUGUCAUUCGUCAGUUUCAGACUACCGAACACAUUAAGAUUGUGCUGGCAAGCAAGACAGCUACUGGUGUUGGUCUGAAUCUCACCGCGGCGAAUCACGUAGUGGUCGUCGAUCCUUGGUGGAACCCCGCCAUCGAAGAGCAGGCUGUGCACCGUUGCUAUCGCAUCGGGCAGAAGAAGCCGGUGUACGUAACGCGAUUCAUUAUUGCGGACACUAUUGAGCAAUACUGCUACGAAAUUUGCCAGCGGAAAAAAGAGUUUGGCGACGCAGUCCUGCGCGCCGCCACAGCGGGCGACUCAGGAGCCAAAGUAGCUGCCUCGCGCCUUCAAGAACUCAUGUCACGUCUGAAGUAUGUUGGAGACGGCGAGCAAGAGGACUCUGCCACGAAGGCAUCUGACGAUGCGCUCGACGGUGACAAAGACGAGCAGCACAAGCCCUCAGCCACCGAGAAUGAAUCCACUCACAGCCUUGAAUUCAGUAGUCUCCACGGCCACGACGAUGAAAGUGAGACCACCGUUGUGUAG